AUGUCCUCUACUCUCCUAUUUCAACCCAAUGACAUUCUGCUCCCUCUGCUCCUGAUGAACACAACCGCCAACCAGCCCAUUACCUUGUCUGGCCAAGUCCAACACAACCUUGGCAACAUAUCUGGGCAGCUAUGGCAAUAUGCAGGUGCAAUACCCUGCAUCCAGCACCCAAUCAAUGGGAUUGAUGUCCUAUCAAAACAACGGUGCAUAUGUGCAUCAGCAAUUGGAGAUGCAGAUGCACCCCAGGAGACUAUCAUCUCCUGCCUCCAGAUGCAGCCCGCAAGUGUCAUAGCUGAGCAAGACACCCUCAAAAAUAAAUAA